AUGAAAGCAUUUGUUUUCAUUUUUUGCGUAAAAUGCAUUCUCGUCAGCUCUGGGAAUGUGAGGAAUAUUUAUUUAGAGCUGGCUCAACCCCUGAUAUUGUUCGACAAUUUCGAAGGUUCAGUCAGGUUUGAAUCAUCUCCCUCCAACUUAUUCAAAGGAGAUUUGGUGGAAAAUGGUACAUUGAAUAGGAUGAUGCAGUCCUGUGGUUGUCAAUCCAAGUUCCUACAAAUAUAUAAAAAAAUCAUGUUAAAUUUGGCCUUAUCCUUACAAAAAUUUUCAUUGUGGGGGAUUUCAGCCCCAAAACUCUCCUGCCUACUUCUCAGAUUGCUCAACGACAAUUUGAGAAAAGGUGGCAUUAAAAACGGUGUUCAGAAAAUAGCUCUAGAGUUCUCAUCAUUCACCUCCACUCUUCCCUAUUUAAAAAUCGAAAACCAAAAUGGGACAUCCACUGUAAGUAACAUGGAUUGCAUGGAGUCUCCACCAUCAUGUCAGCCACUGGACGCUGGGACACUGGAGUGCUGGAAAGGUCUGCCUCCACCAUCAACAUGCGUCUACGUCAUUCAGACAAACGAAUGCUCAACGCUUGAAGCGCACAUGGGCAUCGAUGAAGCUGAGGACAAUGUCUCUGGAAAGUUGUCUUGCGCACUGACGGACGUUUCAAACGAUCAAAGGUUUAAGACGACCAGAAUUGAAACUGCAACUGAGGAGGUGAAAGCCAUGAAAAGUGAUAGCAACACGGAAGCAGUAUUCACGUCAACUGGCGCCAUUGCAGUGACCAUGUCCAUCAUUCUCCUCUCAUCUUUAACGGCGAUCGUCGGUGGUCUGAUUGUUAGCUGCAAAUACGAGAAGGAUCUUCAAGAAAGGAUUCAGAUGGAUGCGAUGGAGGGCCUGCCAAUGACCAGUGACGAGCAGAAGUAUGAUUCGAUUUCAUGA